UCUUUGAUAUUUUGAAACGUGGAUGUUGACUGUUUUCACUGCAAAUGCUACACGGAGGCGGAGGCGGAGCAGGAUUUUCGAUACAUCACUAAGUCAUAAUGUUAUUGCUCUUAAAGUUUCUAGAAAUUCUCUAAAAGCAGGAUGAAUGUCACAGGAUGGGAUUCUUGACGCACACAUCUUGAGAACGUCGUCCCAUGUGGAUGUGUUGCGGUAAGCACUUCAUUACACGCCUGCAGCCAUGGGGAAAGUACUGCUUUUAUCACUGCUGUUGGUGAUCCUGAUGGUGAUUCCUGAUGGUGCUUUCGGCGCCAUCUCUGAAGAGAGUAUGUGCUUUGAACCUGACGUAGUCUCAGAGGGAGGAGACAUGCAACUCAUCACAAGCAAAACAUUUGAAAAAUUUUCGAGUGAACUGGACCUGUAUUUCUUGAAGAAUGAAGUGAACUUGAUGGACGUCCGCAUUAACGUGCUGGGAGGGAAUGAAAGUCAGCAGGGUGUCUCGUUCCCUCUCGAUGAAUGUUUCCAGCACGAAGUUCAGCCUGUAUGGCAAUUGUUGCAGAUUUGGUCCACAAAAAUAGAUGACAGAAUCAGUGUUGGCAUUUCAUUUGAAAAUUAUGUAUGCCAGAAGAGUUGCUUGAUAAACGGUCAUUGGCAAAUUCCCCUGCAUAUUUGCGUAUUCACCUCUGUAUUUUCCAAAUGGAAGCUACAGUGGCCAUUGCACUGUCCCUCAAAUUUCACACGCAUAGACAGAAACUCAAAAGAAUCUACCCGCUUUACUUGCAAGAAUGACGGAUCUAACUUGUGGAUCAUUGUGGUCUUGGCGAUUUUGUUGGCGAUGAUGCUGGUGGGGCUGGUGUUUGUAGUGAUGUACUGCAAGAAGCGGCAGCAGCAACAGCAGCCAGGAAAAUCAAGGGAACAGCUUUACGACACCUGCACUUUCCAAUCAACUGGUGGCCAAUCAGGUAAGAAUCGCGGCCCCGCACCCCUUCGAUCCAAAAAUGCCGCGGCCUCUGACACGUAUGAUGAAGUGAUCGUCUAUGAUGAUGUUGCACCUGAACGCCCUAAGUCUAAUGUGUACGCCAACUAUCCACUCUACGAUGAAGUUGUCCCUAAUCCAGUCAACGAUGAAGUUGCCUCUGGUCCAGUCUACGAAGAAGUGGACUCUCAUCCAGUCUAUGAUGAAAUGGUUUCUGGUCCAAUCUAUGAAGAAAUGACCCCUGCAAAGCUGCCGCAGUAGCCGACUAGCCGCCCACCCACAGCCCCACCACCAGGGAGCAAGUCAGUACAGUCAUGAAAAAAUAGUUAAAGAGUGCAUUGUAAUCAGAUGACUACACACACAGACAGACAGACAGACAGACAGACACACACACACACACACACACAGACAGACAGACACACACACACACACAGA